AUGGCCCAAGGCUUCGGCGCCUACCGGGUCCCAGACCUCAACGUCGACGUGGAAGUGCAACUUGCGAAGAGCGCCGAUACUUCCAAGGCACUAAUCAACGACAUUCAUGUCGACAAGAUCGGAAAGACUACCUCUUACGAUGUAUACCGGAGUCUCAGCGACAUCCAAUGCAAACAAGUGACGAGCAAGACCCUCAUGAACCUCAACAGGAUCGAGCUCUUCCUCAGCGGCAUGCUCUCACUCCAAGACGUCCUCAACGACAGGGAAAUGGGGGAUGUUGAGGGCAUCAUGGCAUUUGUUUGGGGACCCAUGAGGUUUCUUCUUGAGACGACCAACGUCAACGAUCGGGCAUUUGAUCACAUACUCGAGGUUUACCAACAACUGGGCAUUAAGAUCCUUCCUCUCUCGGAAUAUAAACAAUUCUUUGCAGAGUCGGUCAAUGGCAGGACAUGUCUCCUAAAUAUCUACAACGACGUUGCCGUGUUUCAUAGAACCGCAUACAAGUUGUUCUCUCUUCGCAGUUCACUAUGGGUCAAAUUGCACAGAGCAACAUGGAAAGACUUGGAGUCGACUUUCAACCACUUAGCAGCGAGUCUCCAACUCCACGCAGAUUUCAUCCGAACCCAUGGAGCUCCCCUCCAAGACCGACGGGCCCUCCGCACUGUAGACUCGGGCUUCGCGGCACCUCAGGACAGCAUCAUGUUCGAUAGCGAUGAAUUCCGCCGGAAAUCCCACGAGUACACGUACCAGUACGACUUAUUGUGGAAGGACUUUAGAAAGAACGAAGCGGCCAGGAAGCAGGAACAAAAGGACAAGGUCCUGAGAUGGAUCGCCGCGCCCUCAAAGUUGGAAACGUUGCACGAGAGUUUUGUCAAAAAGAGGGAACCGUAUCCGGAGACGGGGCGCUGGCUAUACACCCGAUACGACCCCGUCUCGAACUGGAUGCGCGAGGACAUCCCCAAAGACUCUGCCCUUUGGGUACAUGGUCCGAAAGGAAUGGGCAAGACUAUCUUGUCAUCACUGGUGGUCACCCGCUUGCACGAGCUCAUCAGGACUAAAUCCAUACGACCUGACGUGCAAAUUUGCUACUUUUAUUGCCAGGACGCCGACCCUGAGCUGAACUCGUAUUUUGGGAUCCUCAGGGGCAUCGUCCACCAGCUUGUCUCCGCAAUCAACGUACUCAACCACGACCCAGAUGAAGCAAGUGAAGAUGAAUAUGACGGUUUAGGCCAUCGCAACAACCAUAAUGGUUGCGUCCUCCCUCUUUGCGACGACAAGAUCGCGAGCAGCGGCGGCUCGACUCUAUCAACCACGGAAGGAUGUCUCUCCCUCAUUGAGACCUUUUUCGAGAUCAACCCUCGUUUGUACAUCGUUUUGGACGGGCUGGAUGAGUGCGCUUGCCGCGAGGAUAUCAGGCAGGUAGUAUCCUUCUUGGUGGCUCAAGUCUCGCGGCUUGACGAUAUCAACCAGGGACAGCUGCGCGUGCUGUUCAUGAGUCAACCAGUACCCGACGUCAAAGCAGCCAUGACCAAGCCUACCGUCAGCCCACUGAUAGGCGAGGUUGAACUAAUGCGCACCGAUAACAGACAGGAUAUACAGACCUAUGUAAAGAGCAGGAUGGAUCCAGCGGAGCCGGUAAAGCCACGCAGACAUGUGAGGGGGAGGAUCGACCCUUCCGAAUUUCCGUCAGUCUCUAGGCCGAAUUUCAACCUCGAAGAGAGUGAGAUACAGCGGAUCGAGAAGGAAGUUUCGGUGCAGAGCGAAGGUUCUUUUCUCUAUGCGGUCCUUGCUGUGGAUUAUCUCCUGAACCAAUGGACCAAGGGAGAACUCCUCGAAAAAGUCACAUCGCGAAUGCUUCCUGACGGCUUAUCAAAAAUGUACGACCUGGUAUUGGAGAGUCUCAAAAAGAAGAUGUUAAACGAGUCCCCAACCCACUGGGACAAGACUAAGCUGCUCCUUGGCUGGCUUGCCUGCGCCCAUCGCCCGCUCAAAUGGCACGAAAUACAGGCCAUCAUUGCUUAUGACCUUGAGAAGGAUGAGAUCGACUUUAAUCGCCGCAUGAUUCGAAGAAAAAACAUCAAUAAGUUACUGGGCUCGCUGGUCGAUGUUUUGCCGGGUGAUGAGAUUCGUCUCAUGCAUUCAACAGCCAAGGACGAAGCCGAACGCUGUCGCCACAUACCAUUGGGAUACUUCUCUUUUCAAGACUAUGCUGUGCCUCAAUGGUACAGGCACAUCGAUACCGUCAUCACAGAGUGCCAUGACAUCUUCUCGCCCAACUUCUACUUUGACGCAGGGCUCGAACGACAUCGUGAUUUCGCCGCCGAAUUUGGCCUCGCUUUGGAGAGAUUUAUUUUGGCCUAUGACGACGACCUCACAAAGAUCACUGACAUACACCCGGAGUUCCCGCAAGAUGAUCUGUCAACGUACACCACCUUCCCAUUUUACACUAAUCUCGUUCGUGUAUGGAAUCACAUUUACACCCACCAGAAGGGAUCUAUCGAUGACCGCAACAAAGUCGGCAUCGACCGUCUGGAGGCCGCUCUCGAAUCCCACCGCAAGGUCCUGGAAAACGACUACAUGCCGGAAACGGAAAUGUGUGGGCAAGACACAAUGGAGACAUACUAUGGUCCCAACCAGUUCAAAUGCAAAAAGACACUCUGCAAGUUCUUCUACGAAGGGUUCAAGUCCGAAAGGGACCGCAAAGCCCACCACAACCGCCACGACAGGCCGUUUGCCUGCCCCCUGCCCACAUGCAACUCGGCGCCUGUCGGGUUCUCGUCUAACAAGGACAGGGAGAGGCACGUCAGGAACUAUCACCCCGACCUCAGAGAGGAGCCGACUGUGUUUUUGCAGAUGAGUAGGAGGCGCGAGACGGCUAAAUUUCCGUGCACGAUUUGCCGCAAGUGCUUUACGAGGAAUAUCAACUUGAAAGGUCAUAUGAGGAGUCAUUUUGGCGAGAGGCCUUUUGCCUGCCCGAAUUGCGGAAAGGCGUUUGCGAGGUUGAAUGAUUGUCACCGGCAUGAGAAGAUUCAUACCAAGAAGGGCUCGUGA